AUGAAAUCGGCCAUAGCAAAAGAAACAAGUUUGAUUCUUACAGAAGACGCAUGUCCUGUUUCAGUUAGUGAUAGUACUGUCACUUUUGACUUCAGCUUAAACUUUAUGCAAGAACGUGUCGACUUCAAGUUUGAGAAUGACAGCGGUUCUGAUUUCAUAGCAACCAUUUUCAAAAAAAGAGCUGCUGCCAUUCACAAAAGCAAGUAUAAAUUCGACGACCAAAUAUCUCCAGAAAACCUUCAUUCCAUGACAUGUGGUCUGUCAUCCUGGCAAAAACUUCAAGGCUUCUCUUCUGAAAGAUACAAAGCCAAAGUUCUUGAAAGCAUCAAUGAUUUGCAUUUAACGUGGAACUUGAUCUGUGCGUUCUGUGAAGAUGACAACAACAUUUAUCGAGGAAUGAAUUAUUUAACAACAAUAAUAACAACGGUGAUCGACACUAAUCCCUGCCAAUACAAAAAGUGUUUGCUUUUUGAACAUGUACUUCAAGUUCGAACAGGAUAUUAUCACCUUUAUUUAGGCACCGAUUUUCAAAAAAUUCUAAACUUGGAGCAGAUCAUUCACUUGAAGACUGGUGAAACUGUUACUAAGCUUUCAACGAUGCCGAAACAAGAGCUAUACCACGACAAUGCAAAUGUUGCAGGUUUCAAAAUUGAUUUGAGAACUGUUACAAAUAUUAACGAAGAUGAAACUGAUUUUGCUGUUUGUGAGGUUGCGAAAGACCAAAACAAAGCAAAGCUGUAUCACAACAUUUCAAAGCUUGUUCGUGAAGCCAAAAAUGUCCUUCACUAUCUUUAUGUUUUAACCGGUCGUAAGAGAAUGACUCUUUAA